AUGGCGCCCGCCGUAGGUGGACAGGAGACGGGCGCACGGGAUGCCCGUCCCGGCAAGCUGGUGCGUCGGGAUGGUAUCACGUACUACCCCGGCUAUCUUCCGCACCCCGGCUACCGGCCGGCGCCCGAGCAGCCUGGCUACCGGCCCAGCCCUGACCAGCCCGGCUACCGGUCGGCGCCCGAGCAGCCCGGCUUCCGACCGGGCCCCGACCAGACCGGCUACCGACCGGGCCCUGACCAGCCCGGCUACCGGCCCAGCCCCGACCAGCCGGGUUACCGGCCCAGCCCUGACCAGCCUGGCUACCGGCCCAGCCCCGACCAGCCCGGCUACCGGCCUGGUUCCGACCAGCCUGGCUACCGACCGGGCCCCGACCAGCCCGGUUACCGGCCCAGCCCUGACCAGCCUGGCUACCGGCCCAGCCCCGACCAGCCCGGCUACCGACCGGGCCCUGACCAGCCUGGCUACAGGCCCAGCCCUGACCAGCCCGGCUACCGGCCUGGUUCCGACCAGCCUGGCUUCCGACCGGGCCCUGAAGCCGGGUACCGGCCAGCGCCGGCGCCGGUGCCGCCGCCGCCCGGCCAGCACUACCCCUACCCCGGACACCAGCGCCGCCUGCCUCCGCCGUGCCCGCUCUGUCUCGUGUCCCGCCGGCGCGCCGCCGCCUGA